GUGGCCCUUGCACCCUACAGCCUCAUCAGGCAUCAUGGAUGGCAAGGAUGCUCGUUCCCACUUCCUGCCCCGAAAGGUCCCCGAGAGACUGGAGCUCUCCUUCCAGGCCUUCGGCUUUACUGAUAAUCCUGAUGAUGUUUAUGUCCACUGCCAGCUGCUGGUCUGGGACCCAAAGGUUCCGCCUGAUGCCACCAAGAAGGCCUGUUCCUUCCAUGGGGACACAAACAGGUGGAAACUUCUAGACAAUGCCUCCCUGAGCAGUGUGAGGUUACCUGCCCGGCUCCCCAGUCACCCCAUCGCAGGGCCCUGGCAGCCUCUGACCAGGCUCCCGAGCAGGCCUCCAGCCAGGUGACAAAAGAAGGUCCCACUUCCUCCAAAUUGAGUCAGGCUUCUGACUCCAGGGGCCCAGGAGGAAGCCUCCCCAGCUCGCUGCUGCUGGUGGUGGGGACCCUGCUCGUGGAGGUGGUGUUGGUGUCCGCCCUGGGCAUGGGCUUCUGCA